UAUUGGGCUUCGAUCAUCCUUCCGUUGACAUUUCUUACCAAACCUCACUUGUAAGCACAACAUGUUGGCGCUAGAGUGUUGGAGGUAACGUAGCAAAACAGAAUACUGUAAUUUCUGAAAGCUAGAAACUUUUCUGGGGCCACAGAGAGGAUGUCUCAGAUGCUGAGACUUCUCUCGGCGGCUGUUUUGCCUCUCUGCCGGGCCGGAGGAGCCCGAGGUCGCACACUGGGUUCAGGAAGCCUCGCGGUUCGGGACUGUAGUUUUUUUAGUCAAAGUCAAGCUAAUUUCUUGUCUCGUCAAAGAGCCUGGAUAGCUAAGCGAUGCGUCUAUUCCACCGAGCCAAAAGAUGGAAAAGGAGGAGCACCAGCAGGAGGCGGAGGAGGACGACCAGGAGGAGGGAAGAGAGGAGGUGGAGGGAAAGACUGGUGGAGUCGGAUGCAGAAGGGCGACUUCCCCUGGGAUGAGAAGGAUUUCCGCUACAUGAUGCUCACUGUUGCUGGAGUCAGCUCAGCGCUGCUCUACUUCUACUUCCGAGACACGGGCCGAGAGAUCAGCUGGAAGGACUUUGUGCACCGCUACCUGGGCAGAGGCCUGGUGGAGCGGUUGGAGGUGGUUAACAAACAGUUCGUCAGAGUCAUCCUGGUACCAGGAGCGGAUGCUGAGGGGAGUUACGUGUGGUUCAACAUCGGCAGCGUUGAUACAUUUGAGAGGAAUCUUGAGGCUGCACACAUGGAAUUGGGCCUGGAGCCAUCACACCGGGCCGCUGUCAUCUACAGCUCUGAGAGUGACGGCUCCUUCUUGAUGAGCAUGAUUCCUACUCUGUUGCUGAUUGGCUUUCUGCUGUUCACACUGCGGCGUGGACCAAUAGGAGGAGGCGUUGGUGGAGGAAGGAGCCCAUUCAGCAUGAGUGAGUCGACAGCCAAGAUGAUGAAGGACAACAUAGAUGUCAAGUUCAAGGAUGUGGCUGGCUGUGAGGAAGCAAAACUGGAGAUUCUGGAGUUUGUGAACUUCCUGAAAAACCCACAGCAGUACCAGGACCUGGGAGCCAAGAUCCCCAAGGGUGCCAUUCUGUCUGGACCUCCUGGCACAGGAAAGACUCUGCUGGCCAAAGCCACAGCAGGAGAGGCCAAUGUCCCCUUCAUCACAGUCAAUGGCUCUGAGUUCCUGGAGAUGUUUGUCGGGGUCGGUCCAGCCAGGGUGAGGGACAUGUUUUCCAUGGCGAGGAAAAAUGCGCCAUGCAUCCUCUUCAUUGAUGAGAUUGAUGCUGUGGGGAGGAAGAGAGGAGGAGGAAACUUUGGGGGUCAGAGUGAACAGGAGAACACAUUAAACCAGCUGCUGGUGGAGAUGGACGGUUUUAACACAGCUACUAAUGUAGUGGUCCUCGCUGGAACCAAUAGGUCGGACAUCCUGGACCCCGCUCUGAUGAGACCAGGACGCUUUGACAGACAGAUUUACAUUGGUCCUCCAGACAUCAAAGGCAGGGCUUCCAUCUUCAAAGUUCACCUGCGACCAAUCAAACUGGAUCCCAGUCUGGAUAAGGACGCUCUAGCAAGGAAAAUGGCAGCUGCCACACCAGGAUUCACUGGUGCUGACAUUGCUAAUGUGUGCAACGAAGCAGCUUUGAUAGCUGCCAGGCACCUGAGCCCCGCCGUCAACCCAAAACACUUUGAGCAGGCGAUCGACCGUGUCAUCGGAGGCCUGGAGAAGAAGACUCAGGUCCUGCAGCCGAUGGAGAAGAAGACGGUGGCAUACCAUGAAGCCGGCCACGCCAUCGUGGGUUGGUUUCUACAGCACGCUGACCCGCUGCUCAAAGUGUCCAUCAUUCCACGGGGGAAGGGUUUGGGUUAUGCUCAGUACCUGCCUAGAGAGCAGUACCUCUACACCAAAGAGCAGCUGUUUGACAGGAUGUGCAUGAUGCUGGGAGGGCGUGUGGCCGAGCAGGUCUUCUUUAGCCGGAUAACCACCGGAGCUCAGGAUGAUUUGAAGAAGGUCACACAGUCGGCCUAUGCGCAGGUGGUGCAGUUUGGGAUGAGUGACAAGGUGGGGCAGGUGUCGUUUGACCUGCCCCGGCAGGGUGAGAUGGUCCUGGAGAAGCCUUACAGCGAGGCGACAGCUGAGCUCAUUGAUGAGGAGGUUAGAGGACUGGUGGAUCGAGCGUAUGAGCGCACCCUGCAGCUGAUCACCAACAAGAGGGACCAAGUGGAUAAGGUGGGGAAGCGCUUGCUUGAGAAGGAAGUGCUAGACAAAGCAGACAUGGUGGAGCUGCUGGGUCCUCGGCCAUUCCAGGAGAAGUCAACCUACGAGGAGUUUGUGGAGGGGACGGGGAGCUUCGAGGAAGACACGAGCCUUCCAGAUGGCCUCAGGGACUGGAACCAGCAGAGAGGAGGGGAAGCGGAGGAGACAGACCCAACCCAGGACAGACAGCAGGCAGUGUAGGAUCUGAGGAACCUGGAGAAAACUCAACCAGCUGGACAGAAAUAUAUGAAGCCACCGACUCUGUUCCUCUCUGCCUGACUGUGUGGUCCCCCACUGGCAACUGUUCAGAUUGCCUUAAAAUUCCCCAUCUCUAGAUCCUGCCACAUGUAACUACGCCAGGACAGAACAGAGUGAACAUGAUGCUUUCUUUAUUUAUUCUUUUAGAAAAUGUCUGUCCUCAUGAUAACGAGGAAGAAAUACUCGACUUGAGGAAUGUUUAUGCGGCCAAACAAGGCUGAAAUGUUUUUAGAAAUGAAUCAGAUGUUUUUUCAUUUACCUGGAACAACUCGUCUCACCGUUCUGCUUCACAACACAGCAAUUUUCAUUUGCAUUUUACCUCAGCUUGGACUUACCAUGAGGAUAUUUUAAUUAUAUAAACUCUGCAAUAAUGACUGAGAGUUUUUUUUGUAGACCACUGUUGCAAAAUAAAAAGAAUAAUAAAGUUUUGGUUUUCUGAAAUUAAAGCAUGUUUUACAAAGUCAUAAAAGACAGUCACAUGUGCCUGUAGAUUUUACUUUCAGGUAGAACAGUCACAUCACAUUCUGCUUAGCAGAAGAAACCUGCUUUAUUCUGCGAUGUCUGUAGUUUCAGUGGUUUUCAAGAUGUGAAGCAACUUGGUUAACCUUGUUUUGGUUAAUAAGGUUAACCAGAACUUAACUUUGUUUUGGUUAAGUUUAGUCAUUCUAUCUUGGCUAUCUUUAAUGUCAUCUGCAACUUGUAAAUGUGAUUGUGUUGAGGACGCAUCGAUGUGGUUGGAAAUGGAAAAGUUUUCUGACUCUGA